AUGAAUACCAACAACUCAGGAGCUACAACUUCGAUCAAAGGUAAGAUACCAAUGGAUGAGAACGAAGAAGAAGACAUAUGGCGAAAGUAUCAAGCCCGAGAAGAAGAGAUCGAGAGGAGGAAGAUGGCUGUUAAGGAGAAAGUUCAACAGCGACUUGGGUAUGCAGAGGAAGCCACAAGAAGCUUGACACAGAAAAUGGAAGAGCUAGAAAUCAUGGGAGAUCCAAUGAGGAAGGAAGUAGGGAUGCUAAGAAAGAAAAUCGACAUGGCAAAUCGAGAUGUCAAAUCUUUGUCUCAGAGCUGCCAAAAGAAGGAGAAGGAAUACAAAGAGAUACUAGAGGCUUUCGACGAAAAGAACAAAGAGAAAGCUCACCUUGUUUCAAUCUUAAUGGAGCUACUGGCUGAAAGUGAAAGAGUAAGGGUGAAGAAGCUGGAAGAAAUCAACAAGACUGUUGGGUCCUUGAGAUAA